UGUGUGUGUGCGCCGGUCUUUCAGGAGUUGGGAGGUUGAAAAUGGGACCAGUCGCCAGGUUACUUGCUCUGCUAUGUUUGUGUUCGCAGGGCUUCUGUGUUCCAACUGAGACACCACAGCCGUUGCAGGUGCCUCUCACAGAUGAGAGAAGGUCACGAGGAGAUGUUCCUGACAUUAUUCCCAUGUCAGAACUGGAGCCCACCACCCCUGUGUCGGACUUUGAAACCUCAUACAACUACGUUUUGUCAAGACUGGCUGGGAUGGACCAGGCCAUCCACAAGCUUAAUGUGGGCCACUACACACUGGAUGUUAGGGUAGACCAGCUCAUGGAGCGUCUGUCUAAGAUGGAAGUCAAGGUCGUGGAGCUGGAGGACAAAAUCCGAGAAGUCUACCAGCACAGCAAAGACAACCGCAAAGAGACUGGAAGACUGGAAGGUUGCCAGAAGGGCCUGCGAGUGGGCUACAAAUGCUACCUGGUAUACAACAGCUACGAGGACUACGCGGGGGCAUCCAGGAAGUGCCAGGAGCGUGGCGGCCGCAUGGCCAUGCCGAGAGACCGUCGCGAGCAGGAGGCGCUGGCUGACUACGUCAAAUCCUUCUUCCGGCCAAACAACUGGCCAGUGUGGCUAGGCAUCAACGACCUGGCGGCCGAGGGCGUGUACAUCUUUGAUGACGGCACAGCUGUCUCCUACUUCCAGUGGCGCAGACAUUUCUUGUCCAGCCAGCCAGACGGAGGCAAGCGCGAGAACUGCGUGGCUAUGGCAUCAGAUGACGGCGAUUGGUGGGACCAGUACUGUGACAGAGCCAUGAACUACAUGUGCGAAUUUGAUGACAGGGUGGCGCUUUAGAUGAACUGGUAGAUCUCACUUUUAGCCACAAACUUGUACAUAAAUUGGACGUCACCUUAGCGACAAAUCCAUGGUCUGUGGUCGACAAACGUGGCAGAAUACACAAUAAAAUGCACUUAAAUGAACACAGGACUUAAUGUUAGCUGUCUGCCUGUAAUUAAACAGCUAACAAUAAUUGCUAAUUGAAGUAUUAGUACAAGAGUGCACUGUAUCUGACAUUACUACCACCAACAUGUCAGUCAUGCUGGUGGUACUAGCUCCCAUCA